AUGUUCGUGUUCUCUCAUUACAUUAAUUACAUUGCAGUGUACUUAGCUGCACCAUCAACAGAUUACUUUUACAGUUAUAAUCCAAGCAAUUUUGCUUUCUUUCUUUAUACUAUUAACUAUUUCGUAAGUAUGUAUUUUUAUUCACUUGCAGCUAAAUCACCUGGUUAUCAAAACACACCUAAACAGCCAAAACAAGAAAAUGAAGAUAGAUUUUAUUGCGAAAAAUGCGAACAUCAUUGUUUAUUAAGGUGCUCACACUGCAGUGCUUGUUGUGCUUGCAUAUUACGCCGUGAUCAUCACUGUAUUUGGUUGGGCCAAUGUGUCGGACAAAAUAAUCAUGCGCACUUUUAUAUUUACAUCUUUUUAGAAUCGAUAAACUGCAUAGCGUCACUAAUAUUUACACUCAAAGGAUUAUUUUAUAGAUUUAAAUAUCACAAUAAAAAUUACAACGGAUUCCUCUUAAUUUAUCUAUUACCUUGGGCAAUAUAUUGUUCUGGAUUAUCAUUCCUAAUUUUCUUGGAACAGACAAAUAAUAUCUUGAAUAAUUUAACUGGAUGGGAAGUAGCAAGAUGGAAUAAUGUGUCAUAUCUCAAGGGAUUUCCAUAUAAGAAAAGUCCUUUCGAUAAAGGAGUCGUGAAAAAUGUAAAAGAAUUUUUCACCAUGAGAGGUCGCAAACUUAUAUAUCCACCACCUCGAUUAUUUUUAUAA